AUGAAGAAAUUACAGGAUUCAUCCAAAGUCCAUAUUUCCUCUCUAUUUUCCGAAUUUGUUAAGAAAGAGUAUAUUGAAAUCAUAAAGAAUCAACUUGGGUCAAAGGAGACAGGCAGUGAGAGUAAUGUUUUCCCAUUAUUUGUCAAUUUCUCCAGUUUAUGCGAAUUUAACAGCAUUCUUUCUCAACAUUUGUUAUCUUCUCCCCUUGAUACCCUUUCGAUAUUUAACAAAACUUUAACCAACAUCGUAUUGGAUCUUUCUAAAACUGUUCAAAGGCCCAUUCGAUGUUUAGUGCGCAUUAUUUCCUUACCUCCGAUUUCUGAAGUUUUCCGUUCAACCAUUCCUCAGUCAGACUACGUUGGAAGAUUCUUUGCUCUUCAGUGCACAGUUACACGUGUUGGAACUAUUCAGGUGGUGCAGUUGGAAAGAUCUUUCAUUUGCACAAAAUGUGGUCAUGGUAUCACAGUAGAGGCAGAUUUCAGUCAAUAUUACUCAAUCUCUCAACCGCGACGCUGCACAAACAUUAUCGAAAGAUGUCCUUCAACAUCAUUUAACGUGGUUUCGGAAGAUAACUCCAAUUUUCUUCAUUGCUUUCAAGAGAUUCGAGUCAACGAAAGACUCAGUUGUUUAGCUGUUGGGAGUAUGCCCAAAUCCAUGACUUGCUGCCUUGAUGCAGACCUAGUCGACUCCGUUCGCCCAGGGGAUGAUAUCAUUCUGAACGGAAUUCUCACUCACCGAUGGCGCACUCCAAGAGUUGGUGCACCUUGUGAAAUCGAAACAGUAUUUCGAGCUAAUUCAAUUGAAAAUCUUUCUGAGAUGCGAUUUAAGGGAGAACUUGGUAGCGAUAAUUUUGCCCAUGAGUUGGGCAAGCGUUUCAAGAAUUAUUGGAAACAAGCCACAAUUAGCGGGGACUUUAAACUAGCAUUGCGACUUCGGGAUGAAAUUGUCCGAAAUAUUUGUCCAGAUGUUUAUGGACUAUAUUUUGUAAAGCUGUCUCUGGUUCUUGUUCUUGUUGGGGCUCCACCUUGCUCCGAAAAACAUGACAUCGAGCGCACUCUCAUUGAGAACACUAAUCAAGAAAAGGACGAAAGGAAAGACUUUCGUGUUCGUGGUAAUCUCCACCUUCUUUUAGUCGGUGAACCAAGUACCGCCAAGUCAGCUCUCCUUCGCACUUCCUGUCGCCUUGCCGGCCGAGCAAUAUUUACUGCAGCCACUGGCACAACAGCAGCUGGUUUAACAGCCGCUGCUGUUCGUGAUUCCUCGGGAUGGGCGCUGGAAGCUGGUGCUCUGGUCCUUGCUGAUGGUGGUGUCUGCGCUAUUGACGAAUUCACCAGCUUGCGAGGGGCUGAUCGUGCUGCUGUGCAUGAAGCAAUGGAACAACAGACGGUUUCUAUCGCCAAAGCUGGUCUCGUGGCUCGGCUAAAUUGUCGUUGUGCUGUUAUCGCCGCCUCUACAUUGUCCUCUGACGACUCAAGCGAUGCCUCAGAUAUUCUGCCAACACCUCUCCUUUCUCGAUUUGAUCUGGUUUGGAGGCUGUUUGAUCCUGUAGGUUGUGAGGCAUGGGAUUCAGCAGUAGCUGAUCAUGUUUUGGGAUUCCGAUCAGUGGAAAGAGGUGGCUCGGAGGAGGGAGAUCUAUUUAAAUCGGUGGGUCGGAUAACAUGGACAGCAGAAGAUUUGAGGAAUUACAUUGCUUGGGUGAGGGGUGAAUUCCAACCUCGUUUGUCGAAAGGGGCGGCGUUACUAUUGCAGAGAUACUACGAGUUGCGCCGUCGGACGCUUCAGAAAGUUCAAGGGGCCGAGCAAGAACAAGCUGUGGCUGGAAGAACCACGUUGCGUUUGCUAGAAAGUCUUGUUCGGCUGACUCAAGCUCAUGCGCGUCUUAUGGCUCGAGAUAAGACUGUUAUUGAGGAUGCAGUAGUGGCCAUCUGGCUAAUGGACUGUUCAAUUCAAUCGACAUUUGGACGUAGUGCAUCGGCUGUGGAAGUUGAUGGGCACUGUGUGACCCCCGAGGAGACUGUCACUAGACACGGAAUCGAAAAUGACUUUGACGAUAUUCUAGGUGCCAUUUUUGGUCAACUCAACAUUCGACCUGAGGAACUGGAGUUGGAAUGGUUUGGAUCAGACACGAAAGAGGUAGACUUCCAACCCGUUUGUGUAUCGACACAAAUAGUUAGAGAUCAACAGACUAUAGUUAUUCCAAAUGUUCAGAGUUUUGUGGAAGAGGACAAUUCCAAACUGCCGGAAAAUGCAUUUAAUUUUGACGUUGAUAGUUUUAUGCCAAGUGGGUUCGAUUCAUUCGAAAAGGAGCAGAAGAAAGUUCCCGAUAAACCGGGACCAACUAUCUCUGCAGAUAAAUCAGUCGAGGAUGUGUUUUUGUUUUCCAGUUCAAUAAAAGCUUCAAAGGAUUUUAAUUCAGAUGAACUGCCGGAAUCCGUCGCAGAAACUGAAUUAAUUUCUACCAUUCGUAGUUCAGAAAAGACUGAAACUGGGUGUAGCAAUAUUUCACACACAGUUCCCGUUCGUUUCUCAAAGUCCGUCAAAUGGGUGAAAACGUUGAAAGAUAGUGGUGCAGUUGAAGUUCCAAAAUCCAAUUCCUCUGAAACGGAAUCUUCAAGAGCAUUUUCAUUUAAGAAAGUGCCCAAGACUACUCAAGAAUUCAAUACUGGAACUCAUUCCUCAAAGAAGUCUGAUUGCGAUGAAAAGGAAUCUGAUUAUUCAUUUAGAAGCACGUCAAAGAUUCAUUUGCUUUCUGAUAAUGGUAAUCUUCAGAAAUUAGAGUCAGCUAAACCGUCGUUGACUUCCGCUAAUAUUUCAAAUGCUUCGGGGAGUAUUGAAAAAGAGUCAACUUAUUCCUUUAAUAGUAUUUUGAAGGGAAAUUCACUUUCUGGAAGUAACGUACGAAAAUCUGAGCUAGCGAAACCGCGUACAUCUUCUGAAUCUGCUUCACAAGCUUCGAGCAAGCUUGGUUCUCGCGUAAAAAGCAAGCUAUCUCGGUUCGCUUUUGUUGAAGAUGAACAACCCCCGCCUUUUAAACAAUCCAAACCUUCGACGGGCAAGGUGGAUCUACUGAACCUCCAGAAUCUGGCUCCUGAGGACUGGAAUUUCGGAAACAUUGAUGCUGAUUUUGAUUUCUAA